AUGAAGAAUAAUACAGAGGUGAAAGUUUUCAUCCUGCUGGGACUAACCAAUAACCCAGAGCUGCAGGUUCCUCUCUUUAUAGUGUUCAUGCUCAUCUACCUCGUCACUCUGAUUGGGAACCUGGGUAUGAUCAUGCUGAUUGUGCUGGACUCCCGUCUCCACACUCCCAUGUACUUCUUCCUCAGUAACCUGUCUCUGGUAGACUUUUGUUACUCCUCAACAGUCACUCCCAAGGUCUUGGCUGGCCUCCUAAUGGGAGACAAGGUCAUCUCUUACAAUGCAUGUGCUGCCCAGAUGUUCUUUUUUGCUCUCUUUGGAACUGUGGAUAGUUACCUCUUGGCCUCAAUGGCCUAUGACCGCUAUGCAGCAGUGUGCAAACCCCUGCAUUAUACCAGCACCAUGACGACGAGUGUGUGUGCUCGUUUGGCCAUUGGCUCCUAUGUCUUUGCUUUUCUAACUGCUGUUUUUGACAUUGGAGACACAUUCUCUCUCUCUUUCUGUAUGUCCAAUAUAGUCCACCACUUUUUCUGUGAUAUUCCUGCAGUCAUGACCCUGACUUGCUCAGAUAAAGGCACUAAUGAGCUGAUUCUUGUUCUUGUUUCAAGCUUUACUAUCUUUUUUGCAUUAAUUGUGACCAUAGCAUCUCCUAAUUUUCAAAUCACAUCCAUGAAGAAUAAUACAGACGUGACUGAUUUCAUCCUGCUGGGACUAACCAAUAACCCAGAAUUGCAGUUUCCUCUCUUUAUAGUGUUCAUGCUCAUCUACCUUGUCACUUUGGUUGGGAACCUGGGGAUGAUCCUGCUGAUCGUGCUGGACUCUCGUCUCCACACUCCUAUGUAUUUCUUCCUCAGUAAUCUGUCUCUGGUGGACUUUUGUUACUCCUCAUCAGUCACUCCCAAGGUCAUGGCUGGGCUCCUAAUGGGAGACAAGGUCAUCUCUUACAAUGCAUGUGCUGCCCAGAUGUUCUUUUUUGCAGUCUUUGCCACUGCAGAAAAUUACCUUUUGGCCUCAAUGGCCUAUGACCGUUACACAGCAGUGUGCAAACCCCUGCAUUACACCAGCACCAUGACGAUGAUUUCCAUAUUUUAUGGGACAGUCAUCAUCAUGUACUUACAGCCAAGUUCAAGUCAUUCCAUGGACACAGACAAAAUCACAUCUGUGUUCUAUACUAUGGUCACCCCCAUGCUGAACCCUGUGGUCUACAGCCUGAGGAACAAAGAGGUCAAGAAUGCAUUCAAAAAGAUUGUUGAAAAGGCAAAAUUUUCUCUAGGUUUUGUCUUAAUGAAGUAG